AUGGUGAACGAUUUGGUUAGCUCACAGGAACAUAUGCAGAAUAAUAUGCAGUCCAACAAUGAUGUGGUGCAUAAGCUUCAAGAUGCUCAAGUGGAGCACAACGCAGCCAUGGACAUGCUGGCGAAGCAGCUAUCUCAGAUCGCGACUUCCCUGAGUGAGAUGGGCGGAAACGAGGGACGGAUUCCUUCCACAGUCAAGCCACCGGACAGGGCGAACAUCAGUCAGAUCACACUCAGGUCUGGACGAGAGUAUAAAGGUCCGACAAUAAAGAUUGAUGACGGAACACCUCAUGUGGCGAGCAAGGAAAAGGAUAACCGAACCCCACAGAAGAAAGACACUGAAAUAGGGAAAGCUAGAGCAGAGGAUGAUAUCCAGAUCGGAGACUUGGGGAAACCAGUGCCCCGAAUGGCUGACCCGUUCUUGCAAGACCCAGGAGCUGGGGUGGAGGUUGAAGAAAUGAGGAAAGAGACUGGAGAAUCCUCCAAGGGAGAUUCCAACAACACAGUCAAACAAGUGAAGCCUUUUUCCUACCGAGGGGAGGCCAAGAAGAAAAAGGAUGAUCCAGUAGACUUCAUGGAAAUCGUCGGCAAGCUGGAAAUCAACCUGUCUUUUCUCCAGGCCUUGAAGCUGCCUAUUUUUAGUAAAUUCAUCAAUGAGUUUAUCGCCGGGAAGACCAAACCCAAUGGCAAAAUAGUGAUCGGAGAAACUGUGUCAGCAGUGAUUCAGAAGCAAAGGAUGCCGUCGAAACGCACUGACCCAGGUAUGUUCACUCUUCCCAUUUCAAUCGGGAACAUAAGAGUUGAGCAUGCUAUGUGUGACCGAGGAGCAUCAAUAAAUGUUUUACCGCUUUCCAUUUAUAAGAAACUAGAAGGAGUAAGAAUGGUUGAUACGAAGGUGGUAAUUCAAUUAGCGGAUAGGUCAUGCAUUAAUCCAGAAGGUGUGUUGGAAAACGUGAUAGUUAAGGUGUAUGAUUUCUUGUAUCUAGCUGAUUUUCAUAUGAUUAAGAUGAGUGAAUAUGAGUCUGCUGAGUCUAGCUGA